GCAUGUGGCGACAACAAAAAGGCAGCUCAGCUGGUGUCAUACCAGCAUAACGCCAACGCGUCGACCGCGCAGCUGACGACGCUGCCAAGGCAGAUUUUUGUUAUCGUUUUAAUCAGCUCACACACAAAAAAAAGAAAAGUAGGAGGAAAGGAAGAAAAACAGUUGCAGACACGACAAAACUAAUUUGCGAUUAGUUUGUUAUAACAAUAACACUGCCAGCAACUAAAGCAUUUGCUGUGAGUCAACAACAAAAGCAGCCCUGCCUGGCAACAGCAUUAGCCAAAACAAAGACAAAGCAGCAGCAGCAAGAAAUCACAACGUCAUUUGGCAGGCUACGGCAGAGGCAGAGGCAGCGCAGCAGCAGCAUCGGGUGGUAGCAGUAAAUGCUGGUUAGCCUUUACGCGCAGCUAACACGCGGCAUGGACAGCGUUUUCGAGGCCUACCUCGGCUCGGACAGCGUGCUGGCUGGCGCCGUCGGCGAGCCGGAGGAUAUACCAAAGCGCAAUACAGACGUUUGGCUGCUGGGCAAACGGUACAAUGCCAUACAAGAACUGGAGCUGAUCCGACGGGACAUCCAGUCGCGUCUGUGGUGCACAUAUCGGCACGGCUUCGUGCCGCUGGGCGAAGUGCAGCUGACCAGCGACAAGGGCUGGGGCUGUAUGCUGCGCUGCGGCCAAAUGGUGCUCGCCCAGGCCCUGAUCGAGCUGCAUUUGGGUCGUGAUUGGUUCUGGACGCCAGACUGUCGUGAUGCCACCUACCUGAAGAUCGUCAAUCGAUUCGAGGACACGCGCAAAAGCUUCUACUCCAUACAUCAGAUUGCCCUGACGGGCGAGUCGCAGAACAAAGCCGUCGGCGAGUGGCUCGGACCGAAUACCGUUGCCCAAAUACUCAAAAUCCUAGUGCGCUUCGAUGACUGGAGCUCGCUGGUCGUACACGUGGCCAUGGACAGCACCGUGGUGCUGGACGAGAUAUACACACGCUGUCAGGAGACCAGCGCGUCGACGUGGAAGCCAUUGCUGCUGAUUGUGCCGCUCCGGCUGGGCAUUAGCGAUAUUAAUCCCAUCUAUAUACCCGCCCUGAAGCGCUGCCUGGAGCUGAGCAGCAGCUGCGGCAUGAUUGGCGGUCGGCCCAAUCAGGCGCUCUACUUUCUGGGCUAUGUGGACGAUGAGGUGUUGUAUUUGGAUCCGCAUACAACACAACGUGCCGGCAGCGUGGCCCAAAAGACAACAGCUGCGGAGCAGGAGCUGGACGAGAGCUAUCAUCAAAAGUAUGCGGCACGCUUAAGCUUUGGCGCCAUGGAUCCCUCGCUGGCCGUGUGUUUUCUGUGCAAGACGCGCAACAGCUUCGACGAGCUGCUGCAGCAGCUGCGCCAGGAGGUGCUCAGCCUGUGCACGCCGGCACUGUUCGAGAUAAGUCAAUCCCGUGCCGUGGACUGGGAUACGGCGGACGAUAUCGAAUGGCCCGCCAUGCCGGACAUUGAUUGGCCUGCCGCCAGCGAUUCCGAGUCCUUUGCCAUGCUGGGCAGCGGAAGCGACGUCGACAGCAAACCCAAUCUGAGAGAGCCGACGGCUGACUGAGAGAGCGAGAGACGGGAGAGAGACGGGAGAGAGACGGAGAGAGUGCGGCGUCUGCGCCGUGCUCAAUGCUUGUAGUUAAACCUGUACGAAAACUGGAGCAGCUGGCCAGCUGCCCAGCUGUGCAGCUCGAGCGGAUGCUGCGGCUAGCGAAUGGCUAUAAACUAUAAGAAAUCUAGUGUUAAAUUUAUACACACACACAAACGAACACACAUGCAAGCCUACUUACAUAUAUAUAUGUAUAUAUAUUUAAUAUGCUGCUCUAUUGUAAGUUUGAUUGACUCCAUGCGAGACAAUUUGGCAAACACACACAUACACACACAUACAGACGCAUUGUUUAUGCUUUCUUUAUAAUACAAACUACCUUAUUAAUUGAUUAAAACAUCAACAUUUUUUAUAUGGAAUUUAAAGAGU